UCUUACACUCGAGUUCCUCUCCAUUCCGACAAUAUCUGAACCAGAGAGGAUCCUCAUGAACUGAAAAAACCAAAACCAAAAAAAUAUAUUCUCUCUUGAGGAUUUGAAGUUGAACAGCUUCUGUUCUGGAGCUAAAUGCUGAGGCUGUAUGUGCACUGCUCUCUCAAUCUGACCCCUUCUUGUGCAAGACAAGUUCAAUUCGCCAGUGGAAGCUAUGGUUCUUGGUGGGUCAUUAAUAAGCCUAGCAGAACCAAGAGGCUGCUUGGAGAAAUCUCUCUCAAGGCCUUGAAGGACGAGACAAACGGUGGCAGCGGCGGAGGCAGCGUUCCGCCGGGGAGGAGCUGGGAACCUGGGCUCGAGAUCGAGGUCCCAUUCGAGCAAAGGCCGGUGAAUGAAUACUCAUCGCUGAAGGAUGGACCGUUGUACUCGUGGGGUGACCUGGGACCAGGAGAACUUUUCCUCAGGCUCGGGGGUCUCUGGUUUGUGACUUUCACAGUUCUCGGAGUGCCGAUUGCAGCUGCAAGCUUCAAUCCUGCGAGGGAACCUUUACGAUUCGUGCUUGCAGCGGGGACAGGAACUCUUUUCCUUGUGUCGUUGAUUAUCUUAAGAAUUUAUUUGGGAUGGAGUUAUGUUGGCGAUAGGCUUUUGUCAGCAGUGAUACCAUACGAAGAGAGUGGAUGGUACGAUGGGCAAAUGUGGGUGAAACCGCCCGAGGUCCUGGCUCGUGACAGGCUUCUGGGAUCAUACAAGGUUAAACCGGUCGUCAAAUUGCUGAAGCAAACAUUAGUCGGAACGGGGGUGUUGCUAGUAUCAUCAGUGAUGUUAUUCAUCUUCGCCACUCCGGUCGAGGACUUCUUCAAAAGCACAUUCGCACCGAAGGAGAGCCCAUCAGCUGUGGUUCCUGCUUCAAAGAUGAAUUCAAAGUUCAACAUCAACAAGGAGGAAUUACUAAGAUUGCCCUUGGAUGUGAAGGCUGACGAUGAUCUAGCAGCAGCUGCGGCCGAGGCUGCUGACGGUAGGCCGGUCUAUUGCAGGGAUCGGUUUUACCGCGCGUUGGCCGGUGGACAGUACUGCAAAUGGGAGGAUCUAAUUAAGUAGAGUAGCCCAAAAGAAGGGUUAUGCACUUGUAGUGUACUUUCAUUUUUCAAGUUCAUUUCUUAAGUUCGGUGUACUCGCAUUGCAGAAACACGAUAAACGUGACAGCAAUUCUGACUUCCUCAUCUUACAUA